AUGGAGCCAGGGCUGUGUUGUAGAGCUUACCUACUGGCUGGCAGGCUCUGGACCGCCGUCAGCAAGGCGCUGUUUGCGGAGUUCCUGGCCACAGGGCUAUACGUGUUUUUUGGGGUGGGCUCCGUCCUGCCCUGGCCUGUGGCACUCCCUUCUGUGCUGCAGAUUGCCAUCACCUUCAACCUGGCCACGGCCACAGCUGUGCAGAUCUCCUGGAAGACCAGCGGGGCCCAUGCCAACCCUGCUGUGACACUGGCCUACCUCGUGGGAUCCCAUAUCUCUCUGCCUCGGGCUAUGGCCUAUAUAGCCGCCCAGCUGGCAGGGGCCACCGUGGGGGCCGCUCUUCUUUAUGGGGUAACUCCUGGAGGUGUCCGAGAAACCCUUGGCGUCAACGUGGUCCACAACAGCACUUCCACCGGCCAGGCAGUGGCCGUGGAGUUGAUCCUGACGCUGCAGCUGGUGCUCUGUGUCUUCGCUUCCACGGACAGUCGGCAGACGUUGGGCUCCCCAGCUGCCAUGAUUGGGACCUCUGUGGCGCUGGGCCACCUCAUUGGGAUUUACUUCACUGGCUGUUCCAUGAACCCAGCUCGCUCCUUCGGUCCUGCCGUCAUUGUUGGGAAGUUCGCGGUCCACUGGAUCUUCUGGGUGGGGCCCCUCACAGGGGCUGUCCUGGCUUCCCUGAUCUACAACUUUAUCCUGUUCCCCGACACCAAGACUGUAGCCCAGCGUCUGGCCAUCCUCGUGGGCACCACAAAGGUGGAGAAAGUGGUACAUGUGGAGCCCCAGACGAAGGAACCCCACAUGAACUCAGAGGACACGGAAGUUAGCGUGUGA